ACAAGCCAAAUUAGGUUUUCCAAGCAAAAUCAGAAAUCCCCAAUCUGUGUUCCUUUCGGUCACUGACGCGAGCAAUCUCGCCGGUCGCCAUCACUCCAGCCGCCGUCUCGCCGGUUUUCAUCACCCCACGCCGCCGUCUCGCCGGAAAGACGCAACCAACAACGCCCACAAAGGCAUAUGGGUGAUAGGCAAGUAGUUGACCAACAGCACACAGUUGAUCCGCAGCUGCCAUCUUCUCCUCCCUCAAAGGAUGAUAUGGUUUCGUGUGUUAUGGCUUUGGAGGCUGCUUUGCUUCCCUGUUUGCCAGCCAGAGAACUUCAAGCAAUAGACCGGUCUCCCCACCCUUCGCAUCAAAUCGAUGUGGAUAGGUAUGCUAGAGAUUUUAUGGAGGCUGCCAAAAAGCUUCAGCUUUAUUUUAUCAGCCUGCAACGUGAGGAUAAGCCAACAAAAGCUGAAAUGCUUAGAAAGGAUAUUGCUCUGAUGGAAGAAGAACUUAACAUUAAAACUGAGCUGAUUAAAAAACAAGAUAAUUUAAUUCAGGAGUGGAAAAAAGAGUUGAAAGAUCAGCUGGACAAACACAGUAUUGAGUUGGACAGGGUUUAGCGGAAGUUUGUGCUCAUUUUCUCUUUGAAUAUUUAAAAUUUCGGUGGCACAUUUGUGGUAUAUAUUUCUUUCUCUCUCCUUGUCCUCUAGUAUUGCUUCAUUGCGUGACUUACCACUCCAUAGCAUGGAUACCAACCACACUUGUACUAAGCAGUUUAUAAAAUAUAUCUUCUCGGGGGAAGUGAUAACCGAUAAAUGGAAAAAAUCAUUUUUAUGCUACAUGAGAUAAAUUUUUUCUUCUACACACCUUUCGAUAAUUAUGUCAUCUUUUUUUUUUUUCUUUUUUUAGGUGGUGGAACUUACAAGUUUGUCUCUAUGAUAUGAAAUA